UAGGUAAAUAAAUGUAUUAGAGAAGACAGUGGCAACCACGAACAGGUUUUAUUUUUGGCCUUUUAGCGUUCCGCUUUCACUCGUACUGCUGUCGUGUCAGUUAGGUUUCUCCGCAGAGUUCGCAGUCGGUGACCAAAACAAACUGUGAAAUACAUUACUGAAGUUUAAGUCCAGUGCUCGAAGAGUAGUUAACUGCAGACGCAUUAUCAGAGUCAGCCGCGAUUAGAUAAUCACAGCAGAGAGAAUCUCAGUGGGCCAGUCAGCUGCUGUCACGGUCUCCUCUCUCUCCACCCCGCUCCCACCAACAGCCGAAGUGCCGCGCUCUCUCGCGCCGUUUUGACGUUUCUUUUGCACGUUCUCACUUUUUUUCACACUGGCGGUUGCAGGCGACAAAGGCUCCUUCAACUAUUCGACCAUGCUCAAGUUUUUGUUAACCUUUGGCGCCGGGGUUUACACGGGCAUUUACGUCUCGCAAAACUAUGAAGUUCCCCGCGUAGACGAUCCGCAAAAGUUGAUCCAGCGUCUCAACGAAAAAGUGAAGGAACUGGUGGACCAAAGCAAGAACAAGUCGCCCGGCGAGAAACUAGUGGACGACAUUAAAAAGGAGGCCAAGAAGAUACUGGACGACUGACCCGUGCAAUAGGUCAUAAUUUUGAGUUUAAAGAAAUUUAUCUAUGAUCAAAUAAAGCAAUGCUACAUGUGUAAAACUA